CUCUCUCUCUCUUUCUGUACCAGGGCACAGACUCUACUACAUCUCCCCUCCCUCCCUCUUCCUCUCUCCUCCACUAUCUUAGUGAUCCCAGAAAGGGACCUUCACAGAGAAAGACGGGAUUUGGACUUUACUGCAGCAUAAAGCAUAGAAAGAAUAGAAAAUUAGAAAUCAGAAUCGUUCUUAUCUAGAGACCAAGCAGAAAGAAAGAGGUGAGGGAUGGAGAGAAACUGAAAGACAGAAAGAGGACAGGAAAAAGGAGCACAGAGUGAUGAGAAGGAUAAGGAACACCAUGAAGAUGCUCGUGUGUACUGUGAAGCCCUGCCUGCUCUUACUGUGGUUUACAUGUACAUACGUACAUGCAGAAUGUCCCACUGUUUGCUCCUGUAGCGAGAGCCAUCGGACAGUUGACUGUUCCUGGAGGGGGUUUAGGCAUCUGCCGAAUGGCCUACAGAGAAACAUUCAAUCCCUCAAUCUGACCCACAAUCGGCUAUCUGACCUGGACCACCACCUAAGCUCCUUCACACAUUUGCGGAUCCUGGACAUCUCCUAUAACCGUCUACUUCAUUUCCCAGCCUCACUGCCACGGGCGCUGUGGGAAAUCAACAUCUCAGGAAACCGCCUACGUGUACUUAACAAGGAUGACACAGCAUACCAGUGGAACCUCAGAGUUCUGGACCUGUCCGUCAAUAAGCUGGAGCGUGUGGUCUUCAUCAACAACACACUCCCCCACCUGAAGGCUCUCAACCUCAGUCACAACAAGUUCUGGACGGUACCUACCAACAUGCCCCAUAACCUGGAGGUGGUGGAUCUAUCCCACAACACCUUGGUCCAGAUUCUACCGGGGUCACUGGUCCGGCUACACAGGCUGGCUCAGUUCUACCUGCAUGCAAACCGCUUUACUACGGUCAAUGAAGGAGCAUUCGAGCAUCUGCAAAGUCUGAAGCUCAUCACUCUAGGGGACAACCCAUGGGCUUGUGAAGAAACUGCCAACAUCAGCCACUUGUUGGUGUGGACCAAACACACUUCCGCCAGAGUGUUGGGCUGCCCCUGCCACACCUGGCACACCUGCGGAGAAGCUCACCUGUCCAGGACAGGGAGCUGGCACUUUGGUGCCUACACGCUGUCCCCAUAUGUCUUUGGAACCGAGGAGCCAAGCCAUCCAUAUGUACAAGCGGUAACCACACACUUCUUGACAGGGACGUCACUCCUAAACACCUGGGAUGACCAAACAGGAUCUAGAAGCACCAAGGAACAGGAGUCUUUCAGAAAGGGCAUUCUCUUUACCUCGACUUCAGAGGUUUCCGAUUCAAAUAUUCGUUCGACUACAGAAGGCCCAAUCACACCAGUCGACUUCUUCACCACCAUCUCCACCACCCGCAGGACCACCACUCUCCGCACACGGAGCGUGAAGAGACCCAAUCAGAAUCUCAGCAGAAACACAAGCUCAGGACGCAGUGCCGGCUCACUCUACACAUCAGUCUGCUGUCUGCUCCUCCUGAUGGCCAUGUCACAACGGCUCUGAGGGUCACCUAAAUCACAUGGUCCUUCUUCUAAACUGGAUUUUCAUUUCAUUACAUUUUCAUUUCACUUUUACGUUCAACAUAUCAUGAAAACUUAAAAUGAACUUCCAAAACAGAACAGUCUCACAUUAUUACCAUCUGCUGAUGUAGAGCAGCAACAAGCAGGAUUACUGGACAUACAAGUUUACAUGGAACGGAUGCAGAAGCAUUUCAUAGGUUAAUCAGAUUAACGUUACUCAGAUUAACUGAAUCCAAUUUGUUUAAAAACGAUUCUAUUAAUUUAAAUGCAUGAGUCUUAUUACUGCAAUAAAACUAAAAUAAUAAACAUGGACAAAAAGCAUCUUGUUCUUUGUGAUUGUUAGCUCUGCACUGUACAAUAAAAUCUGUAAAAUAAAAAAUAAAUAAAUAAAUAUAAACAAAAUGAAUGGUAAGAAUUUAUAAUGAAAUCUAUAAAUUCCAUUUGAAAUGUCUUUUCAUUUAAAAAUAAAUUAUAUUUUAACCAUGUAAAGUUUUAUCCAAACAAAUAAAUCAGUCACUGAAAUGUCCAGAAAGCUCCAUGUUCCAACAGCUACAUAGCUGCAAUCAUCAAUUAUCGGGGUUCAAGUGCUUUAAGGCCUUCAAGCACAUGCGUAAAAAGGUAUAUUAGGUAUAUUAGUUAUAUUUUAAUUAGCAGGCCUGUAACCAUCUCGAUCAUAGGUGAAAAAUACCAUUUAUGGUAAAUACAGGCAAUUUACCAUAAUUUACCAAGUUUUUUUUUUAAAGUUAUCGAGGUCGAGCCAAAAACCUAGGACCAGUUUGCCAAAGUUGCUUUUUGAAAUAAUCUCCUAUAUUUAAUGAACAAUUUGAUGAACAGAGGCAGUCCUAGAGGCAAAGUUGCUCAGAAUGAGGAGUUCUACCAUGUGGUACAAAUGUCAUAAGUGUGUGCGAAAAAUCCUUCAUGCACAUAAAAAACGCAAAGAUGUUUCCCUCCCCUAGGGCUGUGAGUCAAACAGGACAAGCGAGUUUUGUUCCUAUUGGCCUCCGUUAACCUUGUCUGAUAACCGCUCAAAUUUCAUUCGCUGAUGGCGGCCAUGUUUUUUGAGAUACAUCAAUGUCCUCAUAGAAGAUCAUGGCACCUCAGAAGAAGACACUGCAUGCCAAUUUUCAAGUCGAUCGGACUAACGGUGUAGUUAUAGCCGUUUUCAUGUUUGGUUUUUUUUCAUGUUAUAGCACCACCAAAUGGCCAGUUGCCACAUCCUGUUUCACAUGAUCACUGAAUGAGCUCUAACACAGGUGUGCUGAGUUUGGUGAAAAUAUCUCAUUCCGUUCAUGAGUUAUAUAGUCAAUUUAGUAAAAGUGGGAACAAUUACCGUGAAUCAAAAUUUAAACUUUUUUUGAUAACUAAUGACAAUCAGUUUCUGGAGAAUCUCGCCGCACUGUUCCGAUUGGGCCAAAAAAGGUUUUUCAAAAAAUUCAAAAUACCCGAAAAUUUCGUCAAGAACGACAAGCGAUUCAAAAGCAUGCAUUGUGUCCGUCUUGAGCCAAGGAUUCCAACGACAUAAGACACUUGAGCGGUUAAGGAGUUAUCAGCAUACUUUACUCAGGGUGAUCGGGCAAGCCUUGGUGACGUUGUAGACGGUGUGAGUAAUACCAGCCCUCAAAGUUUCAAGUCUCUACAACUUAUGAUUUGGUCUGCCCGAUCACUUUUAGGGGAGAAUGCUGAUCCUUGGAAAAUAUAAUAAUUACAAUAGGGUUUCAAUAGAGCUUCGCAAACAACUACGCAACUAAUAAACAACAUAUCCCAUAUAGAAAUCAGCACAAAAAUCAUAGUAACAGAUGUGUUAAAAUCUUUUAAGUUCUGCUAUCAUGUAAACUUUACUUCAUUAAACCCUAUUUUUUCAAGGUUUAAGACAGAGACCAUCUCUACAAGCCAUCUCUGAACACAUGGGGGAGCAGAGGCUUUCCAAUCCCUUAAUAUAAUUCUCUUGGCCACAACUGAACCAGUGUGGAGAAGCUAGAAACCACCCAUCACCUUCUAAAAACACAGUUUAAGUUAAUGUUAACAGGAUUUCCCAGCUUUUUUUUUCUCACCAUAAUGCAUUCACUUUCAUGG